ACACCGAUCAGUACCCACCCCACCACUAGGGUUUUUUUUACUCCCCUUCUCAUUUUCUCUCUGCCGCAUUCCGCUAGGGUUUUCCAUUUCUCUCGCUUUCUUACGUUUUCAUGGAUUCCAGUAACUAGAUUUUCUCUUCUUCCUCCAUUUUCUCUGCUAAAGCUCCAAGCUUUAGUUGCAGUUUCAUUUUUGUUUUUUCUGUGUUUCUUGUCUACUUGUUCUGUCUGAAAUGGCGAGUUUAAAUCCAUUUGGGCUUCUCGGCGAUGACGAUGCAGAGGAUCCAGCGCUGCUCCUCGCCGCUCAGCAGAAAGCUGCGGCUGCAGUUCCGGCUCCUGCGCUCUCUAAGAAAGCUUCGGCUCAGGCUCAGCCCGCGGCUAAACCCUCGGCUAAACUGCCUGCCAAGCCUCUCCCUCCCGCUCAGGCUGUGAGGGAAUCGAGGAAUGAAGGUCAACGUGGAGGCCGUGGUGGUGGUGCCCGUGGUGGGCGUGGUGGCCGUGGCUUCAACAGAGACUUUGUUGAGAAUGAAAACUCGUUUGGAAACAGUAAUGGGUUUUCCGGUGGGUACAGCAGGCCUUCGGAAGAUGGUGAUGCUGGAAAGGCUCCUUCUGAGAGGCGUACGUAUGCCGGACCCCGUGGUGGUGGUGGCGGCGGUGGUGCCCCCUUCCGCGGUGCUCGUCGUGGUGGUUUCAGCAAUGGCGACUCUGAAGAGGGUGAGCGUCCUCGUAGGACGUAUGACCGUCACAGUGGAACAGGGCGCGGCAAUGAAUUCAAGCGUGAGGGUGCUGGCCGCGGAAAUUGGGGAACACACACUGAAGAUAUAGCCCCGGAAACUGAGGAACCCGCAAGUGAAGUGAAGAUUGUCGAUCCCGAGAAGCCGUCAGGAGAAGAAGAUGCUGUUGAUGCAAACAAGGACUCUCCUAAGGAACAGGAAGAAAAAGAGCCAGAAGAGGAGAAGGAGAUGACUUUGGAGGAGUACGAGAAAGUACGUGAGGAGAAGAGAAAGGCACUGCUUUCACUGAAAUCUGAGGAGAGGAAAGUCAAUCUCGACAAAGAACUUGAAGCUAUGCAACUUCUGUCUACCAAGAAGAAUGAUGACGAGGUCUUCAUUAAAUUGGGUUCUGACAAGGAUAAGCGCAAGGAAGCAGCUGAAAAGGCCAAAAAGUCUGUAAGCAUAAACGAGUUUUUGAAGCCUGCGGAAGGAGAGAACUACUACAGAGGAGGUGGACGUGGUGGCAGGGGUCGUGGUGGACGUGGUAGAGAAGGAGGAUUCGGACGAAGCAACGCAGGUGAGCGGGCCCCGGCAAUUGGAGAUGUUGGACAGUUUCCUUCGCUUGGUGGCAAAUAGGGCUUCAUUUGAGUGUAUAUUUACAUGUAUGCCAUUGGGUUGCACUCGCUGUGCUUUAUUUAUACCUUCUUUUGACUUGUUUUUGAGGAAUACUCUCUGUAUCCAAUUACUAUCGUCUUUAGUUUUUAGCGGUCUCGUCUCUUUUUUUUUUGGCCUUUUCAGUUUGAGUUUUUGGAGUCUGUUUGAAUUGGCAGUUUAUUCAUAACAAUUUUGAUUCCUCUGGUUUUGUUCUGAUUUGAUAUUUGAAAUGCAAAAAUUAGCUAGUUUUAUAUUUU